AUGUUGAGGGUUUGGCAAAACAACUACAACAUCGUUUGGGACUGCAACCAUUACUUUAAGAACUCUUUUUUGAGUGGUAAUACACUUCUUUCUCCAUCCGUCCAUAUCUUGGCAAUUAGUUCAUUGAUAGGGUUGGUGCUCUCAUUCCACCAAAAAUCAGUUAAAUUACAAGAAAAUAAGGAAUUCCUCUGUGCACACCAUGGACCUUGAUUUAAAUCAAGUUGUUGGCUUUAACUUAGAGUUGGAGAAGAUACAAGUAUGUAAAUGAGAAGCCAUUUUGGGAAGCAAAAUGUUGCAUUUCAUGGAGUACAUAUGAUGUGGAUG